AGUGAACGUAACCAAAGUCGCCCAAGUCAGUUGCCAUCAAUACAGCGGCGUUUCCGAACUAGACAGAGACGUGCAACCGGAUUCAACGCAUCCUUGCAAUCCCGUCUCCCCAUAAGCGAGGGAUGAGAAACCCCCCCUAACGCCCUCUUCUAAGUCUGAACUCGGCGUAAAAGACCCGGCUAGGGCUCUCUCCAGGGCUGCCCUUCCGAUUACAACGAGGAGGGGGGGAUACGGAUUCGAGGUCCCCCCUCGAGCAAAGCGGGCUUAUCAAAUGUCACUUGCGCCAGACUCCUCAUCGAAGUCUACCGUGCCUCAGAUGGCCAAUGGACCUCAUAAUAUAACAGCACCGUCGGCGAUAGAGGCGGCCGCUGGGAACGUGUUGCGUUCAGAUCAGCACAUUGGUGAUCCCAACACCUCUUACACGUCUAUCAAGGAGCCGGCUGUCCAGUCCUCAAUUCACGAGAUCGCAUCAACGCCAAUUACAUCGCAGGCUAACAUCGCGUCGUCAACUCCUAAAUUCCCUCCUAGGAUGGCCAGUAUCCUGGAAAGGUCUUAUUCACGACUUCAAGGCCCGCCGGGUGUCCCCCCUCACGCUUGGAUCGCCAUCAGAGACCAUCGUAAUGAAGCCAAGCGUGUUAAAGCUCGGCACACCUCAGGUAUCCCAGAAGGCGCAACCAUCAUCUCGCUCGACGAUGACUCUUCUGAUGAUGAGAUAGCCGCACCGCUCAUAUCGUCCUCCUAUCGUCGCUCGCUGUCUUCUGGCGGCCCUGUUUCGUCUCGGCGCGCCCCAUCGGGACUUCCAGCGAAUGCCAAGGUCAUAUCACUAGUGGGAUCGUCGUCAUCGGCAUCGUCUGAGUUCGUUGGGGGAGAAGAGUCUGCUAACGCCCUCACACCUUCACGUUCAUUUGCUGGAAAUGCAGAGAAGAAUUCUCACACAAGCAAUACCUAUUCAGAUAUCACGGGCAAGACAUCAUCAAGUACAAGGCACGAGAAUUUGGCCAGAAUCGGUUUAAUCGAGAAAGAGCGGCCUAUUCCCGAGUCGUUCUUUAGGGAACCUGAACCGUCUGACGACGAGUAUCCAUCCCCUCUCGGGGCCACUAGCGAGCAGUCUCACGAUGAUUCAGACGACUACGUGCUUUCACAUCAAACACUCCGGGCGGUAACCCCGUUGCAUCGCACAGGAGACGUGUUGUCGUCGUCACAGCUGAGUUCUUCUCGGGGACCUCGCAGCGGAUCUUACCCAAAGCCUGGAGGGGGGUUCACGCCGAUCAACAAUCUGUCUCCCAAGAUACGUGGGCAGCAAUCGGCGCCCGAGCAAGUACAAACCAGGAGAUUCGGCCGGGGUUACUCGAAGCGCGUCCGUGACGCUUUUUCUGAUGCUUCCGCCUCUUCCGCAUCCGAGGUUGAAAAAGACACAUGGGCACCGAAACCGGGGAUGCUGCCGCCAGGCCCUAGGCCUGCCUCAAGUCGUCAAGGUAGUUUCGAGAACACAGUUGUGUCCCCGCCAUUAACCACCCAGAGGCAGCCGUCGUGGGAGCCACUUGCGUGGAUUCAAAAAUACGAGACGCUAUUCCAAGGCGAUAGGGCCGGAAGGCUGUGGUUCGCGAAUGGGCCAUUCAAAGGCUAUAUAUGGAGCGGGCCUGGAGAAGGGAGCUAUAUGUUCGGCUGCAGGGCACCGGACGAAAGAACACUGCUCAAGGCAGAGAGGGUUGCCAUCGCCAGAGAGGUGACUAGAACGGAUGAUCUAUUGGGUAUGCCGUCGAGUCAUGAUUAUCAGAAGGCCCAUGGCUUCAAGCGAGAUGAUACCAAGAAUGAAAGAGAUGAAAGCCUGCUGCGAACGAGGGAAUAUCAUAAUAGUGGAAAGUGUACGAGAGGAUCCGUGCCCGGUGCCUGCCAAAACGACGAGACAGCUCUUAAGAGGAAUAUAUUUCCCGUCCAGGGCUCCCGAGAGCAAAACAUUUACGAGGCAGCUCCGGUACUAAGUACGUCUUCGGUGACAACGUUGCGAGAACAACAAGACCCCAUUAAGACCAGCUCUCGAAUUGCCACCGCCGGCCAAGACGAACUCGAUAGCCAAGUCCGAGAAGGAUCAUCCACCAAGUUGAGGCCAACAAAAACCCCGACACGAACGCUCUCGUCGCCGUCAGAAUCCGAGACGGCCUCUACUCUCAUCACGCAACAGUUGAUGGAUUGCUGCCCGCCGCCCUCGAACCAGGAACUAGCAGAACUUAUGAGCUCGAGUCCCACAAACUGGUGUGCCGGCGCCUCAUCGCCUCUCCCGGAACACGGACAAGAUGACAGUGGUUUCAGCAGCAGCAGCGAGUCAAGCUCCGGAAUCCCCGCCCGGGUCGUUGAUAGUACGCCAAUUCCACGUGCAGAGAAGACGAGGACCACACCUUUAGUAUGUGACCACCCCGACGCGGUGUUUGUAUUGAACGGAAUCGCCGAGCGACGAAAUACGCUGCCCAUCACAUACCGCUCGCCCUCAGUCCCCAAAUCGAGCUCGAGCCAUCGGCAUAAUAGUAAAACACCCGUAGGCGCUAAGCUCAAAUCCAGCCGAAGUAGCGAGACGCCGACGAAGCCACCACGGAAGCCCACCAAUACAAGCAAGACGACGCCAAAGCCCAACGCAGUCGAGGAGGGAUGUCCCGCAGAGGCCAAUACCGCCGUCGAGCUGCCAAGUCUGGAGACCGAGAAGCAGACGCCGCCCAAGGCAGUUUCUCCAGGCCCGGAAGCGGACCACCUCUCCCCAAAGAGCUUCCAGAAAAUCAACCAAGACACUAAUAUGCAAGAAAACGACAAUUUCCCUCGCGAUUCAGAUGUAGCGACUCUCAGCUAUGUCUUGGGGAAAUGGCCUAAAUCGCCAGAGAGCAUUACACAGAUCGACCCGCUGCCCACGCUCCCUCGCCAUACCAACGGCCGGCUUACUCAAGAACCGUCUACGCCGUCUCCUCCCCACAACGCAUCUGCUCUGCAGGCAGGAAGCGCGCGGGAGCGUACUCCCAGCCUUGAUUCCGGGGCGUCCGCCACCAGCCCUCCGCCGGUCGCAGGAACAGAACAAGCUCCCGCCACCUCGGAGCUAAUAACAAUAUCGCACGACCCUCGGGGGCGGGCCGACGACGCCGGAUCGGCGCCGCCGGCGCGCAAGAAGCGAAGGGGCACGAAGAAGUCCCGAGCCCCGCAGCAGGGCCGCGGCGUCUCCGGGGGGGGGGGCGGCGCCUGCAAGUACGCGCCGUCCACGACGCCCAUCCCGCCGCCCGCGAUCCCGCUCCUGCGUCGGCGCUCCGAGCCGGCGACGAAAACGCUCACGGCGACGCCCCCGGCGGCCGGGCCGGACCCGCUGCAGCAGCAGCAGCAGCAAGGCCGCUGUCCGGGCCAGACGCCCGCUCUCCCGGGCGCCAGGAAGAGGAAAAACGACGGCGAGCUAGUUGUUAGCGGCGAAGGCGGCGGCGGCAGCCCGCGCAAGAGGAAGAAGAGGAACAGGAAGAAGAACAAGAACAAGAGGCAGAAGCAGAAGGAGAAGGGGGGGAUCCAGUAGGGGGGGGCGGGGGGCGGGUUAGGUACUGCCGCGAUUACUACCGUCGUUACCGGCGGCGGAAACGGAGAUAGCGAGGAUGAGAUCAGGGAUAAAAACGCCGUCUACGUCAGUAUAUACUCGUCUUGAGGCCGAGUGGCAACGGCAAUUGGCCAUGUGUAUACGAAAGGGGAGAAGAGGGAGGUUAGAGAGGGACAGAUGACUCGCGUAGGGGUCCGUCCGCUGCGCAGCCAGUAUACGACCCCCACAGACGUAGGUAGGUAGGUAGCCCUAUAGCGGCGUAUCCUCGC